AUGUCGUCGUUCUUUACGACCCCAGCUUCUUUGCGGAAGCGAAAGAGAGAUGCAGAUAACCCAGGCAAACCCAGAAAACGGAGGGAACCAGAGAAGAAUGGAGCACGAGACGAACAGGAAGGAAGACCUGGGCGAAAACCCGCUCGACCACGAGACAGAGAACGAGACGAAUCGAUAUCUGGCAGCGAGUCCGAAGACAAUAUAGAGCCCGAGACAGAUGCCGAAUCAGAAGCCACCUCCGAAGAGGGUGAGACUGCGGCGGAGCGAAGAGUGCGGCUUGCACAACGAUACCUAGACAACAUCAGACAAGAGGUGGACGAAGUUGGGUUUGAUGCCGAGGAUCUGGACAGAGAUUUGAUUGCACAGAGACUGAAAGAAGAUGUCGACGAAGCCAAGGGCAGACAGUUCAGACUGAUCGCCAACAGCCUGGAUUUCGCUAAUGCCUCACAUUCAAACUUUCGAGCAGAUACCGACGUUACCACAGGUGUCGCGGUGUGUCAGCCUUAUGUGUACACCGUGAGCAGGGACAGGACUUUGAUCAAGUGGCAACUGCAGAUGCCCGCAGCUUGUAGCGACAAGGCCACACCGGCCAUUCGACGACGAAAACCCAAGCAGCUGAAAUAUGUCAGGGGAGUACAAGUGAGGGCAUCAGCCCCUCAACAGCAUGGCCACAAUGGGGCGAUACUCUGUGUAGCCGCGUCACCCGACGGCAGAUACGUUGCUACAGGAGGACUGGACAAGAAGCUCAUAAUAUGGUCUGCCGAGGACCUGCGACCAUUAAAGACCUUCACGACGCACCGUGACGGCGUGACGGGAUUGGCAUUUGCUCCUAGCUCAAAUACUCAAACUGGAUUUGGGGCACAACUGUUCAGUGCUAGCAUGGACAGAUCACUCAAGACAUACAAUCUAGCAGGAGAGGACAGCCUUGCGUAUGUUGAGACACUCUUCGGCCACCAGGAUCACGUCGUGGAUGUUUCGCCAGUGUCAGUUGAUCAGUGCGUGACUGUGGGUGCCCGAGACCGCAAAGCUAUGUGGUGGAAAGUUGUCGAGGAAUCGCUCACCAAGUUUCUGGGCGAUAGCUCGAGGAACGACGAGUAUCACACGGGGAGUCUAGAUUGUGUUGCCGCAUUACCACCUUCAAACUUUGUGACCGGUUCCGACUCCGGUGCAAUUAGUCUUUGGAGCAUACACAAAAAGAAGGCCGUCUUCACGAUACACAGUGCUCACGGUGUCGAGGAACCUGCCCCACUUGAGGAGGUCACGUCUGAGUCAGACCCUGCUGUCAUUGAAAGGCUAAAGAAAGAAGACACAAGGAAGCCACAACCUCGUGGCAUAACCGCUCUGGCUGCCAUACCUGGUACAGACGUCAUAUUGAGUGGGAGCUGGGAUGGUUGGGUGAGAGCAUGGAAGCUGAGCGACGACAAACGAACGAUCUUGCCUAUGGGUACGAUUGGGAAGGUGGAUGGGCAAGCUACAAAUGGGCCCGAGAUCAAGUCGUUCUCAUCAAAUGGUGUCUCUGAAGUUGCGGCUCCGGCAAGCAAGGACAUCGAUCACGGUGUGGCACGAGGCUUUGUGAACUCCUUGGCAGUCUUCGAGAGAAGGAAAGAGAUUGUCAACGAAUUCGGAGGCAAGAAGGAAGGCGAAUGUCAAGGCAUUUGCGUCGUGGCCGGUACUGGAAAGCAAAUGCGCCUCGGCAGAUGGAUGAAGAUGCCUAACGGCAAGAAUGGUGCGGUGGUCUUUGAAGUGCCUCUCCGGAGGGCUUUGUAG